AUGAAUCAGGGACUCUCCAAAGUAGGACACACUAUCCCUUAUCCCGAGGUCGAAAACAUGGCCGACCCGGACGACGCCAACUCAUGGACAUGCGCUGCUUGUCGCCUCCCGAUAUUCUCCACCCCUUUCGUCGUAGAUAGAUCGCGGGGCAGCAAUCUCCUGCUUCACGAUCAAUGCUCCGACGAAUCUCUCCCUCCCGAACUCCCGGGCCAUCCCCUGCACCCUAGGGGAGCCCUCAUCCUCCGACACCGCCGCCCGGAAGAAGAUGACGAUGCGGGAUAUGAUUGCAAAAGAUGUUUGUCGACUUGCGGGAGCAAAUUUUACGAGUGCCCGAUGGGUGAUGUUCGAGAAUGUGGGUUCAGGCUCGAUCUCCCGUGCGCCCUGUCGAUCACGGUCUUACACAGGAGCCACGAGCACAGGUUGACAGCUGUCAACGGGCAUGCAUGGUCUAUGUCGUAUCACUCAUUUGUCUGCAGCGCGUGCGGGGAACGGCACGUGCCGCCGGGUACAGAAAUUAGUCGCCUAUUAUCUGAAGUUACCUCUGGUUUUGAUCAAUUACCAAUCAAAGAUGCGGUAAAAGCAUACUCGUGCACGAGCUGCGAUUUCUGGAUUCAUCCCGACUGUGCGCUUCUUCCUAAUGCCAUUGUCGACAUAUUAUGUCACCGGGACCCUCUUCUCCUUGGAUUUUCUAUUAACAGAUUGAAUAGAAGCUGCAACAUUUGCACCCGCGAAAUUACGGCUUUCGGGUUCUACGCCUGUGUCACUUGUCGUUAUUACGUUCAUAUCGCCUGUGCUGUUAACUCAAGACGUUACAGAUUCCAGCCCCUGUUGGUUCGUGAAGCAGAGUUCCCGAAUCUACUUCGUCUGCCGAUGGAAAACGAGCACGCUAGCGCGAUGCCGCGUAUUAUGAAAACCAAGAUACCCAAUUACCCGUUGUUUGGUCUUGGGAGUACUACAACGAGUGAAGAUCAUCCAAUUAGUUAUAGGAUUGGCAAUUCAUCAUCACUUACUGAUCAUUCGAGCAUCAGCGAAUCGUUUCCAUCAGAAACUGUCAGAGUACACGAGCAUCCAAUUAGUUCUAGGAUUAGCCAUUCAAUACUUACUCCUCAUACAGGUAUACACGAGUUGUUUUCGCCAGAAACUAUCAGAGUACACGAGCAUCCCUUGAUCUAUCACGAUGACGCUCAAAAGAACAUUAUUCGUGUUUGCAAUGCCUGCACUCAAAUUAUUCUUCCACCCGAUCCAUUUUACAGUUGCGCAAAUAAUAAUAAUAACAGUACAUGCAAAGAUUUCUUUCUGCACAGCUGUUGUUCCGACUUUCCGAAAACUUUUUUGUCCUACCACAGCGGAAACUGUUUGUUUACACCAAAUGUAGCCACGAAGCCCUUCAACGUAUUCGAGUGUGUGGUUUGCAAGCACAAAUGCAAUGGAUCCGCUUACUAUAUCGAAGGACAGAAAAACUAUAUGGAUGUCGUUUGUGCCUUAAUGCCUCACUCAAUCACGCACGGUGCCCACGGGAAGGCCCAUAUUCUUCAAGGUAGGUGGGAAAUCGGCGAGUUCUACGAAUAUCUAAAGAGCUUGACGUGUAAAUGCUGCCUCGAAAAAAUCAAUGAUGAUACGAUAACUUCAUAUACGUGUAGCAGCUGUCAUAGCUUCUCCAUCCACCCGCACUGCGCUCUCCUCCCGGACACGGUCAGACACAAAUUUGACCGACACCCGUUGAAGCUAAUCACGAGCUCGAGUAAAGGAGAAGAAGAAGAAAACGGGCUUUGCGAGAUUUGCGAAAAGGACAUCGAUUGGAGAAAAUGGCACUACGGCUGCCAAGAAUGUGAACAAUAUUUUCACGCGAACUGCAUUCCCUGUCUCGAUCGUCUGUCAAAGAUUAAGUUUGGUUUUGAAGUUUCGGUCGGGUGCCAUGAGUGUCCGGUUGCCUGCGUUCGGGCUGUUUCGGUUGAUGGAUACCUGUGUGGCCAUUGUGGAAAAAACAUAAGGGAGAGUGAUGAUAUAGCAUUUGAAUGCUCCAAAUGUAAUUUUAGGAUGCAUAAAGGGUGUGUCCAGGAGCUUAUGAUAAAAUCUUGA